AUGAAAAGAUUUUUCUCAAAAAACAUAUUACUGCUGGUCAGUUUCUCGUCUAUAUUAUUUAAUGUUGAUCUAAUCAACGGCUGUGAAAAAACAUGUCGCGUUGGAAUCAGCACAACUUUUGCCAACAAAUACUCGAACGUCACCAAUUCAUUAUGGCAAGAUUUAUACAAUAAUUUGGAAUCAACGGCACUCAAAAACAUCAACCUCAAGAAUUACGUGCAAUCCGAUGACGCCGCUCCAAUCACCAGCAAGAUAAUCACAACUUUGAGAAAUCACGCGCAAGAACUUGAAACAACUUUCGAUGCACAGCUGCCAACAAUAAUUGAAAACGCUAUUUUUCGUCAAGAACCACAAUUCAGAGGUGAUUGUAAUCAUCCAUUUCGUGUCAAACAACCGAAACCACCGAAAAUAUGGAAAAUGAGUGAUUGUGAUAAAAUGGAUUAUAUUUGCGGAAAUCCACCAUCGAUUUGUCAUUUUUUGGAUAUGAUAAAAGAGAGAAAUGUAAGAACUAUCAAAACAGCUCUUAAAGAAGCGUCGACGAAAGGUGAAUUUUUGAAUGUGCUCACGCUGGCGGUGAAUGACACGUUGACGAGAACUGAUGCAUUUAAAGAAAAAGAUUUUACGACCCUUUUGACAACGAUGAAGUCAAACAUUGAAAGUCGUUUGUGGGAAUUCUCUCAGAGUUAUGACGAAGGAUUCUGCAACGAGAAUUCUUGUGAUCAAUUUGAUUUGGAAAUUAAGACUCAAUUAUUGACUUAUCCCUAA